AUACUCCGUGCAGCCCUCCGGGCUGAGAUCAGUAAACAGGCGCGAGUCGAGGGGGGAAAGUUCCAGGGGUGGAUCCUGCGCGCACACACACAGACACACACACACGCACACACAUAGACACACGCAUACGCAUGCACGCACACUCUGCCCUAUUGCUGCCCUCGGAAAAGGCUCCGCUCCUUUCUCUCCGAUCCCUUUCCAAAAUUUCUCCCGAAAGUUUCGAUUUCGCGUCUCUUCAGCUUCCCCCCUCCCCUCCACCGCCGCCACUGCCGCCGCGGCCGCCGGCAGCACCUCCCUCCCCCGGCCGGUCCCCGGCCCGCGUUGGGGCAUGCCUGCGAGCAUGUUCAGCAUCGACAACAUCCUGGCGGCCAGACCUCGCUGCAAGGACUCGGUGCUGCUGCCCCCGAGCGCCGCGCCCGUCGUCUUCCCCAGCCUGCACGGGGACUCCCUCUACGGCGCUGCCUCCGACUACGGAGGAUUUUACUCCCGGGCUGUGGCUCCCGGCUCGGCGCUGCCGGCGGUCGGCGGCUCCCGCCUGGGCUACAACAACUACUACUACGGGCAGCUGCAUGUGCCCACGUCUCCCGUGGGCCCGUCGUGUUGCGGGGCCGUGCCGCCGCUGGGGGCCCAGCAGUGCUCCUGCGUGCCCCCCGCAGGUUACGAGGGCGCUGGGUCGGUGCUGAUGUCCCCUGUUCCCCAUCAGAUGUUGCCCUACAUGAACGUAGGCACUUUGUCCCGGACGGAGCUGCAGUUACUCAACCAGCUGCACUGCAGGCGGAAAAGACGGCACCGGACUAUCUUCACUGACGAGCAGCUCGAAGCGCUGGAAAACCUCUUCCAGGAAACGAAAUACCCAGACGUGGGCACCAGGGAACAGCUGGCGAGGAGGGUGCACUUAAGAGAGGAGAAAGUGGAGGUUUGGUUCAAAAACCGCCGGGCGAAAUGGAGGAGGCAAAAGCGGUCGUCUUCCGAGGAGUCGGAAAAUGCACAGAAAUGGAAUAAAGCGUCUAAAACGUCUCCGGAGAAGAGGCAAGAAGACGGGAAAAGCGAUUUGGACUCCGACAGCUGAUGCCGCGCAGGGGGAUGCUCCCCGUGGACUGUAGGAUACGCUCCGGAGGAUGCUACUAUCUUGCACAAGCUCUGCCUUGUCGGAGGGGGAAACUAUCUGUAUAUAAUGUACAAUACCCCGAGUCGAUUUCGUGUAAAUAAAAUGUGUUGCGGAGGUGUUGCACAGGCA